AUGUCACGACCUCCACCACAACCAAUAUUUGUUCAUCAUGGUUUUAUGGGAGGUGUGACUUCGUGUGCAUUAAUUAACAAGAACAACUGCAACGGUUUGUUGGUUGGUACAGCUGCGGGAAGAUGCGAGUUAUACGAUGCUGAGACUUAUGUGUUAAUACGGACAGUUUAUGUGGAUGAAGAGAAGCGAGCCAUCUCCUCUAUUGGUGCUUACGACGAUGACUUGUUAUGGGUACAUGUAAGGAAUUACGGAGUGCUUCUGCUCGGAUCUGACGAUAAGAUUCGACAUACUUUGAAACUGUCUCAUUGCGGUUACUGUAGGGCCACUAUGAUUGGUUCACUCCUGGUGUAUCCGGAUACGGCAGAUGAAGAGCAUCUUCUCCGGUUCGUCCUAGUGGAUUCAGGAGAUCGCAAUCGGGUGGUAUUGAAACAGCUGCCUCUUUCUAUUGUUUCUGUUGACGAAGUAUUGUUCGUAGGAGACGAAGCAGGUACUAUCACGCGAAUCUCUUCCGAGGGAAAGGUUGAGGCUGAGGUCACUCUCUUCAAAGAUCCCGUGUUCUGUGUAGCAGCGACAUCUGUUUCCCUAGCAUGCGGUUCUUCUAAGUCUCCACUCUUACUGGUACCCACAGCUAAUUUUCAUGGAGAACGCCGAAAAAUUGAUUAUCCUCAAAGCGCGCGAGGUGUUGGAAGCUUAGCGUUUUCCACCUCCGGGAAAACGUUGUUGGCAGGCUUCUGGGAUGGAUCCAUACGAGCGUAUUCUGUGCAAAAACUCACCAUUCUUGUCUACCUCAACUUACAUACGGAGUCUAUUACGCAGAUAUUGUGGACGGAAGUAAAUGGAGAGGAUCGAGUGAUAGCAGCUUCACAAGAUGAGAAGGUGUCAUUGUGGAAAUUGAAAUAA